UGUCCAGAUCAGAAGAAGGACGGGGACAUCUGCGCAGCGUCAGAUUUGGGUGUUUUUCUGUACGCCGUUGGUCAUCUGUUUAGUGACAGACUGCUAGUUCCUCAUGUGAGGUGAGCUCAGGGUCAGGUGAUGGACUCGAAGGUGUUGUCAAAACACCGUCCUGCGUGGUGUCCUCAUCACUCCUGUAGGUGACGGCGGACACACUGAUAUCUGAUCAGAGGAAGAGUGCUGCUCGUCAUGAAACAGGAUGCUUCAUUUCAUACAACAGUAACGGCCUCAUCGGAUCCAGCAGAAGUCUCGGUCAUGUACUCUGAGUGGCGGUCCUUACACCUGGUGGUCCAGAGCGACCAGGGCCACCUGAGCGUCUUACACACUUACCCGGCCGGCGUGGGGCGGGACGUGGCGAACGCUGUGGUGCGGCCGCUGGGGAGCAGCCUUGGAGGAGCGCCGUCCGAGUGCCUCCUCAAGACUGACAAGGAGGUGAAAUGGACCAUGGAGGUGCUGUGUUACGGCCUGACGCUCCCGCUGGACGGAGACACGGUUAAGUUGUGUGUGGAUGUCUACACUGACUGGAUAAUGGCCCUGGUGUCUCCACGGGACUCUAUACCCCAGCCCAUCAUCAAAGAGCCCAACCUCUACGUCCAAACCAUCCUCAAACACUUGCACAACCUUUUCCUGCCCAGACCAGAGCACUUCAGCCUGGUGCACUUUAAAUUGUGUCAGCAAGUGCUGUCUGCAGUGCAGAAGUUGGCCCGUGACUCGAGCGGCAUGGCCAGAGAAACCUGGGAGGUGCUGCUCCUCUUCCUGCUGCGCAUCAAUGACACGCUCCUGGCCCCGCCCACCGUGGGAGGGGGAAUAGCUGAGAAGCUGGCGGAGAAGUUGAUCAGCGUGCUGUUUGAGGUUUGGUUCCUGGCCUGCACACGCUGCUUCCCCACACCGCCCUACUGGAAGACGGCCCGAGAGAUGCUGGCCAACUGGAGACAUCACCCUCCGGUGGUGGAGCAGUGGAGUAAAGUCAUCGCCGCUCUCACCUCCAGGUUGCUGCGGUUCAUGUACGGCCCCUCCUUCCCUCCGUUUAAAGUGCCGGAGGAAGACGCCAGCCUCAUCCCCGCCGAGAUGGACAACGACUGCGUGUCUCAGACGUGGUAUCGCUUUCUGCACAUGCUCAGUAACCCUGUGGACCUGAGCAAUCCCGUCAUAGUGAGCUCCACCCCGAAGUUUCAGGAGCAGUUGUUGGGGGGAAACAGCGUCCCUCACGAGGUCAUUCAGCACCCCUGCCUCAAACAGCUGCCUCAGAUCUUCUUCAGAGCGAUGAGAGGCGUCAGCUGCCUCGUGGACGCUUUCCUCGGUGUUGCUGUUUGUAAGAGACUCGAGUGUCAUGAAUCUCUGCCCUCUUCUGGGGUCACAGUGUCUAGGAGCAAUAUUCGAGACAGACUUCCCUCCAUAGGUGUUGCUGUAUCUCGGAACAAUUUACGAGACAGGCUUCCAUCUUAUGGCAUUUCCCGGCCCCGCUCAGACAGUGCUCCGCCCACACCUGUCAAUCGGCUCAGUAUGCCGACGCCCUCGACGACAACCAACACUACACCCCCUCACAACCGCAGGCACCGCCCCACCGCUGUUGCCAAGACAACCAGCAAAGCCUCAACGACUGGUCAGACCAAAGUGUCGCACCAGCCGUCGUCCACCUCUCCGCUCUCCAGCCCAAACCAGACGAGCUCCGAGCCGCGGCCUCUUCCGGCUCCGACCCGGCCCAAGGUCAACAGCGUGCUCAAUCUGUUCGGCCAGUGGCUGUUUGACGCCGCUCUGGUCCACUGUAAACUCCACUCCGGCCUGAGCAGAGACAGCAGCAUGACCGCAACAUUUUUCCAAAUUCUUCUUUCUUAUAAAUCUUCCCUGGCGACUCAGGCUGGAGUUGAACUGAGACGUAAAGGCUCUCAGAUGUCCACGGACACCAUGGUGUCCAACCCAAUGUUCGACGCCAAUGAGUUUCCCGAUAAUUACGAGUCGGGUCGAGCCGAAGCGUGCGGGACGCUGUGCAGGAUCUUCUGCAGUAAGAAAACGGGAGAGGACAUUCUCCCAGUGUACCUGUCCAGGUUCUACAUGGUCCUCAUCCAGGGUCUUCAGAUAUCAGACUUCAUUUGCCGGCCGGUUUUAGCCAGCAUCAUCCUCAACUCUUCGGCUCUCUUCUGCUCCGAUCUCAAAGGGAUCAACGUGGUGGUUCCUUACUUCAUCUCGGCUCUGGAGACCAUUCUGCCGGAUCGAGAGCUGUCUAAGUUUAAGUCCUACGUGAACCCCACGGAGCUGAGAAGAGCUUCCAUCCAUAUCCUGCUGUCCAUGCUUCCUCUUCCUCACCACUUCGGCAACGUCAAAUCAGAGGUUCUGUUGGAGGGGAAAUUCAGCAACGAUGACAACUCCCUUCACGACAAGGCGGUCACCUUCCUCUCCCUGAAGCUGCGAUUGGUCAAUAUUUUGAUUGGCGCCCUGCAAACAGAGACAGACUCCAUCAAUACACAGAUGAUACUGGCGGCUAUGCUGAAUAUCGUCCAGGAUUCAGCUCUGUUGGAGUCAGUCGGCGCUCAAGCUGAAGUGGGCAGCGUGGACGGAGGCCAUCCUCUGGCCAAGAGCCACAGUCGUAAUAACAGCGGCAUCAGCAACGCUAGCGCGGGCAGCUCCGAGGCUACGACUCCGGACAGCGAGCGGCCCGCUCAGGCCCUGCUGAGGGACUACGCUCUCCACACAGACACGGCGGCUGGGCUCCUGAUCCGCAGCAUCCACCUGCUCACCCAGAGACUCAACUCCCAGUGGAGGCUGGACAUGAGCAUCUCUCUGGCCGCCCUCGAGCUGCUGGCCGGCCUCGCCAAGGUGAAGGUGAGCGUGGAGUCGUCGGACCGUAAGCGUGCCGUCAGCUCCGUGUGCAGUUACAUCGUGUAUCAGUGCAGCCGGCCGGCUCCGCUCCACUCCAGAGAUCUGCACUCCAUGAUCGUGGCUGCCUUCCACUGCCUGUGCGUCUGGCUCACAGAGCACCCCGACAUGCUCAACGAGAAGGAUUGUCUGAUCGAAGUUUUAGAAAUUGUGGAGCUGGGAAUCUCGGGCAGUAAGUCCAAAACCAGCGAACAGGAAGUGAAGUACAAAGGCGACAAAGAGCACAACCCGGCGUCGAUGAGGGUCAAAGAAGCCGCCGAGGCCACGCUGUCAUGUAUAAUGCAGGUGUUGGGAGCGUUCCCGUCCCCCAGCGGCCCCGCGUCGCCCUGCAGCCUGCUGAACGAAGACACGCUGAUCAAAUACUCCCGACUCACCUCCACGUCCCACAGCAACUUCAGAUACUUCGUCCUGGAUAACUCCGUCAUCCUCGCCAUGCUGGAGCAGCCGCUGGGAAACGAGCAGAACCCCAGUCCGUCGGUCACCAUGUUAAUCAGGGGCAUGUCGGGUCGACACGCCUGGACCAUGCAGCUCUUCCAUCAGCCUCGAGGAGCAAGAGCCAAUCAGAAGCAAGUGUUUGUUCCUGAAAGCCGACCGGCUCCCAAAAACGAUGUUGGGAUUCGGUUUAACGUCAAGCACAGGCCGUUCCCAGAGGAAGUGGAUAAGAUCCCGUUUGUGAAAGCUGACCUCAGCAUCCCGGAUCUGCAUGAUAUUGUGGAUAAAGAGUUGGAGCAGCAGCACGAUAAGCUGCGAGCCGUGAUGGGAAAGCAGAUAGAUUACGAGACGAAACUGGAGCACUACACAGAGGAGUUAUGGAGGAACAAACCCUUCCCAGACCCGCUGACUGACUGUAAACCUCCGGCUCCCGCUCAGGAGUUCCAGACGGCCCGCCUCUUCCUCUCGCACUUCGGCUUCCUGUCCCUGGAGGCGCUCAAGGAGCCUGGAAACAGUCGACUGCCUCCUCACCUCAUCGCUCUGGACUCGUCUGUCCCGGGUUUCUUCGACGACGUUGGUUACCUGGACCUGUUACCGUCCCGGCCGUGUGACACCGUGUUCAUCUUCUACAUGAGAGCAGGACAGAAGAGCAGCCAAGAGAUCUUGAGGAACGUGGAGUCGUCUGCAAACGUGCAGCCUCACUUCCUCGAGCUGCUGCUGUCUCUGGGAUGGCCGGUGGAGGUCGGUCAGCAUCCGGGCUGGACCGGUAGCGUGUUCACCAGCUGGACCAUCAACACAUCCAACGGCGCUGAGACGCCAGAUGAUUCAGUGACUCUGGCUGACACCGGCGGCGGUGUGUUUAACGGAGAGAAGCGGGUGCUGUAUUACGCAGACGCUCUGACUGAAAUUGCCUUCGUGGUGCCGUCCCUCAGCGACUCGUCCGCCGAGUCGUCCGAGCACAGCUUCCCGACGGCAGACUCGGACUCUCAGAUGGAGCUGUUACCCAGUUUACUGAAGCAGCCCAACCUCACGCUGGAGCUCUUCCCAAACCACUCCGACAACAUGGGACCCUCGCAACGAUCCCCGACGGUGAAGAGUAGAAAGUUGCCGGCCGGCCGGACGAUCCCUCCUUUAGGGCCGGACACCAAAGUGUUGGUUGUGUGGGUUGAGCGUUACGAUGACAUAGAGAACUUUCCCGCGUCGGAGUUACUGGCGGAGACGAGCACCGACGUGGAGACGGCCGUCAAUAGCAGCGCUUCCAGGUCCAGCUCCUCAGAGAAGGACGUUCCCAUAAUAUUCAUCCACCCGCUGAAGACCGGCCUGUUUCGGAUCAAGCUGCACGGAGCUAUGGGCAAAUUCAACAUGGUCAUUCCUCUGGUGGACAACAUGGUGGUCAGCAGGAGAUCACUGGGAUUCUUGGUGCGGCAGACUGUAAUAAACGCGUGUCGGAGGAAACGUCUGGAGAGCGACUCUUACAGUCCUCCACACGUACGGCGGAAACAGAAAAUCGCCGAAAUCGUCAACCGCUAUCGUAACAAACAGCUAGAGCCUGAGUUUUACACCUCGCUCUUCCUGGAGGUCGGGGAGACGAGCCUCAACCCCUAAACCAACACAAACCAAGGUGGAUUUCAUCUGCACUCCAGUCGCUAGUUUUGGAUAAAUAUUAAAUUUUUUUAAGUAGAUUUGGCCAAAUACUUUCUCAACUCGACCUGAACGCUAUCAGUGCCCACCUGACAGGAUGAGUAUCUGAAAACUCUGAAUCUCUCAAAAGCCUGUCAGCUGUACGUCUCACCCCACUGUAUACAUCUAUCUAUCUAUUUUGUAUAAAGAAAAUGAAACCUGUUUUUAUUUGAUUAUUUGUAGCAUCAUUUCCGUGGCAUUCCCUCCUCAAAUGAUCAAUACAUGCACUUUUUUUCUUCAUCAUUAAUGAUUAAAAUGAAAUAAAAGAUGAUUGAAUUUAUCCCCAAAUGCGAUUAAAAAACACUUUGGUGCAUUUUUAUUUAAAUCGGAGUAAUUAACAGGCAUUAUUUCAUGCAUGUUUAAUUUGCAAGAAUGUCAAUUAAUAUCAAAACAGGCUUCAUUUUCUUCAUGCGAAGCGAAUCUAGAAUUGUUUUGGAGUGAAUUAUGAGCGACUGGCCGGUUUGCUGAGACGAAUGCCGCUUCGCCGCGUUUAUGGUUUGAAGGAACGUCCUCAAGUGAAGCCGUUUCCUCCGAAGCGCUAUGAACACGAGCACUCAUCUCCAGCGGCAGCCGAUGACGUGACGCCGGUCGCUUCUUCUUCUUCUUCUUCAUCCUCCUCUUCCUCUUCAUCGGGCAGUUCACCUUCACGAGGAGCGGCAGACAGGCGGAGAAAAGGCCUGGAGCACGUAGAGACGCUGCUUCAACUCGUUUCAGUCGAACGACACAAGGGCUUAUCAUUUGCUUCUGUUCCGUCACAAAGGCCACGUUUCAUUUACUCGUCGGAUCGAACUAAACUCGCGGCUUUCGGAGCGCUACGGCCUGCGUUUAUUUAUUUGGGUUUUCCCCCGAACGCACGGCCGCUUUCCAUCUUCGCUUUGGGUUCCCAUCGUCUCGUUUCUUUUGUGCUCGGAAGCUCCCUGUUGUUUCUUUUUGUAAGAACGCACUGUCAAGGCCGGCUGCUCGGAGGCGUCUCUUUUCUUUCCGUGUGUAAAUAUUGACGGCAUGGACUCUGUAUAAAGUUUGACUUUCUCUGUAAAUACCCGCGGGUGUGAAGUCCUGCUCACUCAUCUUAUACUGUCGGUUAGGGACGGCACAGCAGAGCAACGCUUGUUUGUAUUUAUGCCAUCAUAUACGUGUCCGAGCGAAACGUUGGAUAUUGAAUGUAACACAUGUAAUGAAAUAAAGAUUUUAAUGACAUUCUUA